AUGACUCGGGGUGUAUCGAUUACUGUUCGGAACCCAAAUACUCUGGAUAACACACGCUGGAUUGUUCGGCAUCGCGGAAAGAAGAGCGUGAAGCGUUCGCGCGCUGCACGUUUUCUCUCAAAGUCAGGACCCUACCUGCACUCGAACGACAGCAAGAAAGCUGAGCAAAAGCUUGUCUUUAGCUGUUCUCACAGUCAAUCGCCCGAAAAAGAUUUAUCGCUGCCAUUUCCAGCUCGGUCGGAGGAAGCCUCAGCACCGCUUUGCAGCGCUAGAGGUUCCCCUGGGACUACGUACCCUGAACGUCGCUUUCCUGGGCUGCUACCCACAGAGAAUAGCCAGAGCUUGGGUACGGUUACCGCAGUGAAGCAGCUGCUUCGGAAGCUUAUAAAGUUCCAAGCACGCCUCGCUCGAGACCAAAGCCGGAAGCUGCGAGCACAUAAACGAUACGUAUGCGGCAUUCGCGAAUGCACUCGUUUGUUGCGCGCGAAACAGUGUUUGCUACUUAUUGUGCCCUCGAAUGGAAUACUGCCAUGUGCGGCAGCCAAUCUUCAAGAAACGCUCGCUCUAGCAGAAGAGCACUCUGUGCCCAUAAUCAGAGAUAUUUCGGCAACUGAGUUAUGCCGACUUCUGCGUCGAGUUCAAGCUAGUCGCUUGAACGCUCGCCCCGCGUGCUGUGUUGGCGUGAAGAGUUGCGAAGGUGCAUCGCUCGAAAUGCAGAGAGUGUUUGAUGCCCUAGCUUUACAGGCUGGAAACAUUUACCCAACGGCCGCAUCUGAAUAG